AUGAGAUUUUUAAUCACAUUAUUCAUACUAUUAAUAUCAUAUACCGAGUUGUCUCGGGCUCAAUGUGGCGCAUCCCCUACAUUUGAUGCAUCUAACCUCCCAGCAUCAUUUGACUCUCGUCAGAAAUGGUCAGAUUGUUUUUCACCCGUUAGAGACCAAGGCCAAAAAUGUUCAAGUUGUUGGGCAAUGACAGCAACAGGUGUAUUAGCCGAUAGAUUAUGUGUUGCAUCUGGUGGAAAAGUAAAAAAGGUAUUAUCACCACAAGAGUUGAUAGAUUGUGACCGUAAUGGUAAUUUAGGAUGUGGAGGUGGUCGUCUGGAUACUCCACUUGCCUACUUUAGAGAUAAUGGUGUUGUUACUGAAAAGUGUGAAUCGUACAAGGCCACUCAAGCAAGUUCAUGUUCGAAUACCUGUGACGAUGGCACUUCAUUCUCCAAUACCACCAAGUACCAUUCCAAGGAUUGUUACCGUCUAUCCUCUAUUGAACAAGCCAAAGCUGACAUUUAUCUCAACGGUCCCAUCAUUGCUGUCUUUGAUCUCUACACUGAUAUUUACAACUACAAGAGUGGUGUCUACAUCAAAUCUGACAGUGCCACUUACAAAGAGACGCAUGCUGGUCGUGUCAUUGGUUGGGGUGUAGAGGAUGGAGUACAAUACUGGUUAGCAGCCAAUAGUUGGGGAACUGGAUGGGGCCAACAAGGACUAUUCAAAAUUCGAUCUGGUACCAAUGAAGUAGGCUUUGAGGCCAACUUUUUCUCUACCACUGCCGAUUUUGAUGCCGUUCCAAGCUCUGAAUACGGUGGAAGUUGGGUCUCUGUCGACGAUGGAAAUGUCGAUGAUCUCAGUGCCGGUAUUCCUCUAUCCAUUCCAAUCAUCAAGAUUUCAGUUGGUGUAAUCUUAUUAUUAGUAUUUCUAUCUGGUAAAUAUGCUAUCGUAGUUUAA